AUGAUUUUAAUGGUACAUGAAUUCUAUUUUAUUGCUAUUAUCAAGUCUAUUAUUAAAAUAACUUUUAAAAAUAUCUUUUGCCAAAGGAAGAAAAAUAUUAAAUUUUUCAUUUUUUUAAUUUUAUUACUCACAACAACUUCAGAAUCAUUUCUAUUUUCUGGUAAAAUCAAAAGUGUUGAUAAGUUUUCAGACACAUUAAAGGAAAUCUCAAAGAGCCUCCCUACGAAUAUUAAUCAUGGUUUUAAUAGAAUUUCUCUAUUAAUUCCAGAAUUAUCAAAUGCAUUCGAGUCUCAAGAACUUGAUACCGUUGCACUCAAAGAUAAAAUUAUUUCUGUUAUCGAAUCAACAGAAAAAUUAAUGGAUGGAUCUAUUAAUAGCAUUGGGAAAGAAAGAAUGGCUGUUUUUGAAGAGUCUAAAAAACUUAUUUUAAUACUCAAAGAAUCUUUAGUCGAAAGUCAGUUCCAAACCAUUGACUACAUGGAAGAAAGAUUUAAUAAAGGUAUAGAUAAAGCACUAAAAGAAUCUGAAAAAUGGCAAAACUUAACCGACAAGUUUUUAAAUGAAAUUGGUCAAGAUAUCCAUUGGUUUUUGGAAGGUCUCAACACUUUUAAAAAAUUAUUUUUUACUGUUGGUUUUAUCGUAGUGGCUUUAGUGUUAACAAUUUCAAUUAAAAUUGAAAAGAAAAAUGAUGAUCAUAAUAUAAAAUUCUUUGUAUUUAUAUUUAGCGUAAUAUUGCACAUCAUUUUAACCAUUUACACCAAAAUUGAUAUUUUAAUUUUAUUUUCAAUCGCAUUAUUACCAUUCAUACUCUUAAUAUUUAUUAAUAGAGGAGUAACUUUAAUAGUUUUCCUCAGUUUUUUUGUUGUUGUUCCAUCCAUUAUGUCAACAAUCUAUCCACAUUCCCUUAGCAAAAUUUAUGAUUCUAUUAUAUCUGGAGAAGAUCCAUUCCGUGCCACUGUUUGCCCAAUGGUUUCAUUCCAAUUAAUCGAUAUUAGAGAUGACAAUGUAAUUAUUAUCCCAGAAUCUGCUGCCAAUAUUUUCAAAAAACUACCAUCACCUAUUUAUUCAUAUUCAGAAAUUGGUGACUAUUCAACUCAUAAAUCAACAAGGUUAGAUUUAUAUACAAUGAUGUUAUUUAAACAAGAAAUUAAAGACAAUUGUGAUUUAGAUCUUUUCCAAGUAAAAACGAUAAAAACAUCAGCAAACGAAGGUAAAUGUGUUGGAUCGAGGGGCUGUACAAGAGGAAUUUGGGCUCAGAUAAUCAAGAUAUCAGAUAUUGACACUGAAAACUUAUCACCAAGACUAAAAUCUGCUAUCAAAAAAUUAGAUUCAAAAGGUACAAUUGUAUUACUAGACAGUGAAGGCUCUAAUGACCCUGAUGGAAUGACAGCUGGACAUUUAAAUGUAGUCCAAACUAUUUUAAUGUCAAUCACCUCAUCAUUUUCAUAUACCGAACAUCUUCAAAUCAAUGAAUACUUAAUCAAUAAAUUAGCUCUUUUAUCAUCUUUUCUUGAAUCUUUAUACAGAUUCAAAAAUUCACUUGAUGAAUGUAGCACCAACGAAAAGGCAUACACAAAUGGUAUUUCAAGCAAGAAAUGGACCGAUUUCCCAAAGAUCAAUUUGAUUUUUAGCAACAGUGCCAACCUUGCAUUAGAGUUAAAUUUAAAUUUUGACAACAAAACCGAAUUAAUCAAUAGUUUAGAUACAACUAAAUUACUAUAUUCUUACCUUAAUGAAGUCAACUUCAAAAAAGAAGAUAAAUACAAAGAAAGUAUUCAAACAAUCAAGAGAGUUUGGGGCGAUGGUGCCAAGUCUUCAGUUGUAUUAACUGCAACAAGAAAUGAAGUCAAGUUUUUCCUUGAAGAGUUUUCCUAUGCUGUUGAUAUUCCGGAUGAACUUACUUACUCUUCAGAAGCUGGGGCAAUAUACUCUAUUUCAAAUCAAGUUUUACCAAUGGUUAUUAAUUCAUUAUCAAGUAAAAUCUAUAUGGGUAAAGAAGCUAAUGGUGCAGACAUUCUAAAAAUCAUUGAAGAAUCAAAAGGUGUUAUAUUUAAAUCAAUUUCAGCUUCUGCAUUUUCAUCCUAUAGUUCAAGCGAUUUCUCAAACUUAGUAGAAGAACAAGUAAACCAAUUUACAAACAAUUGGAUUCAAGAAACUAGAAACCAAGUCACACCUCAACUGCCAAUUGAAACAUCCAAUCAAGAAUGUUACGAAUCAUCAAGUAACAGAUGUGAACCUUCCAAACUAGAUGAAAGAUUAAAACCAUAUCUAAAGAGUUUAAAUGUCGGUAUUUGUACACUUAUCGCAGGUUCACCAAACAAUGAUAAAACAAAUCAAAUUGUCAACAAAAUCAAAUCAGAUACCCAACCAUUAUUAGAAGAACUCCAUCAAAAGAAUCAAAACCUUUGUAAAUUUAGAUGGGUAGAAGGUCAAUGGGGUCCCUGUGACGGUCACUGUUUAUUAAAUAGGAAAAGGGAAAUUCAUUGCGCAUUAGAUUCUAAACCAAAUCAACCAAGAAAAGAUGUCUGUUGUGACGGAAACAAACCUCAUAAUAUAGAAUCAUGUGGUAAAAGAUCAUAUCACUGGGCAUAUCAAAAUUGGGGUGAAUGCUCUGGUGAGUGUGGUGUUCAAUAUAGAAGAGUAGAUUGUAUUGCAUGCGAUGGAACCAUAUCAGAUAGUUCAAUGUGCUCAAAUAUACCAAAAGAAAUCGAUAGCCAAUCAUGCAAUCCAAAGUUUACAUGGGAAACUUCCGAAUGGAGAAACGUUGGUGGUUGUAGAAGAGGUGGUAAAUUUAGAACAGGUACAGAAAAAUGCGACUUUGAAAGAGAUAUAUACUGUAAAAAGUGUGGAGUUAAUGCACCAAUAUAUGUAUGUGAUGGUUUAGCUGGAGAAAAACCAUCUACCCGUAAAAGAGAUUAA